GACUCAUUGAAUGGCUCCCUUCGACCUAGACGCAUGCAUCGAGCAACUGCUUCGAAAACAACUCCUCCACGAGGCGCUCUUGCGCGAAAUAUGCGAGAAGACCAAAGAGGUCCUGAUGCGCGAGUCGAAUGUCGUUCACGUUAGUGCGCCAGUGACCGUAGUGGGCGACAUACAUGGACAGUUUUACGACCUUGUAGAGAUCUUCCGCAUAGGUGGCUAUGCUCCACACACGAAUUAUCUGUUUCUCGGUGAUUAUGUUGACCGAGGGCUCUUUAGCGUUGAAACCAUAUCUCUCCUCACAUGUCUCAAGCUACGCUAUCCUGACAGGGUGCAGCUAAUCCGAGGCAAUCAUGAGUCGAGGGCUGUUACUCAGACAUACGGAUUUUAUACUGAAUGCGUACGAAAGUACGGAACGUCAAGAGUAUGGACAUACUUUACCGACAUGUUCGACUUCUUGACACUAUCCGUUGUCAUUGAUGAUCAGAUCUUCUGUGUGCAUGGUGGUCUGUCACCUUCGAUACAUUCCAUAGAUCAGAUUAAGGUCGUUGACCGAUUUAGAGAAAUACCCCACGAAGGUCCUAUGGCUGACCUGGUGUGGUCUGAUCCAGAUCCAGAAAAGGAAGAUUUCGCAAUAUCUCCUAGGGGCGCAGGUUAUACUUUUGGCUCCGGCGUUGUGCACAAGUUUCUAGAAACCAAUAACAUGUCGCACAUCCUCCGCGCACAUCAGUUAUGCAUGGAGGGAUACGCCUCCUUGUUCGAUAGACACCUCUCCACAGUGUGGUCUGCCCCAAAUUACUGCUACCGGUGCGGGAACUCGGCUAGCAUACUUGAAGUGGGCCCUGGAGGCACAAUGUUUUUCAAUGUCUUUGAAGCAGCUCCAGAGAACGAAAGGGAUGGCCCUAUGCACCAGGCUGCCCAGAACGCCGGAGGAAAGGUAGGCCAUGUAUCACUUAAUCGUCAAUACCAUCAUCUUAAUAUGUCUCCUUCUCACCCCGCCACGAAGCUGCCGGAAUAUUUUUUAUAG